AUGGGGACUCCUGGUUCUGGAAGGAAAAGGACACCUGUGAAAGACCGAUUUUCUGCAGAAGAUGAAGCUUUGAGUAGCAUUGCCAGAGAGGCAGAGGCAAGACUGGCAGCAAAACGGGCAGCCCGGGCCGAAGCAAGAGAUAUCCGCAUGAGAGAACUGGAGCGGCAGCAGAAAGAGCACUCUCAUCAUUCCUUUGAUCGGAAAUGGGGACAGAUUCAGAAGUGGCUGGAAGAGUCGGAAAGGGCCAGGCAUUCCCCCAGAUCCAGCCAUCAUCGUCCUUCUCCGGGAGUUGAGGAUGCACUGUCCAUUCGAAGUCUUGGCAGUCACAGGUAUGGUGCUCUUAAGGAUAGAUCAUCAAGACUUCCAUCAUUAAGUCAUUCUUACAGUCACUCUUAUGGAAUGAAGAAGCGAUCUUCUGGUUCUCAUAAAGACCCACUGAGUGGCCUCUACUUUGACCAAAGAAACUAUAGCAGUCUUAGACAUAGCAAACCCACCACUGCCUACUGUUCUCGGCAGUCUUCCUCCUUGUACAGCGACCCUCUGGCAACAUCCAAGAGCUACAGGGCCUCCUCCACUGUAAAUUCUGGUCUGCUGAGAAGUGCCAGUCUGGUAUCACUGUAUAACGGUGGAUUAUAUAACCCUUACGGUUCUCGAGCUCCAUCUGAAUACAGUUUUCACUCAUCGAGAGCAAGUUCAUCCCGAAGCAGUCCUGUGUUUAUCGACGAUGACACUGCAAGCAUUGCAUCUUCUGGUUGUGCCAGCCGUGGGCGAAGGGACAGCGUGGUUUCUGCUGCUGAUUAUUUUAGUCGCUCCAAUCGUAGGGGGAGCGUUGUCUCCGACGUGGAUGACGUGAGCAUCCCAGAUCUGACCAGCUUGGAUGAAAAAUCUGAUAAACAGUAUGCUGAAAAUUACACAAGGCCUUCAUCUCGAAAUUCUGCCUCAGCAACAACCCCUCUAAGUGGAAACUCAUCCAGGCGAGGAAGCGGGGAUACCAGCAGCUUAAUAGACCCAGACACCUCAUUAAGUGAAUUGCGGGAUAUCUAUGACCUUAAGGACCAGAUUCAGGAUGUAGAAGGGAGAUACAUGCAGGGGCUUAAAGAACUGAAGGAGUCUUUGUCUGAAGUGGAAGAAAAAUACAAGAAAGCCAUGGUUUCCAAUGCACAGUUAGACAAUGAGAAGAACAAUUUGAUAUACCAAGUAGAUACCCUCAAGGAUGUUAUUGAAGAGCAGGAGGAACAGAUGGCAGAAUUUUAUAGAGAAAAUGAAGAAAAAUCAAAGGAGUUAGAAAGGCAGAAACAUAUGUGUAGCGUGCUACAGCACAAGAUGGAUGAGCUUAAAGAAGGCCUCCGACAAAGAGAUGAGCUAAUUGAGGAGAAGCAGCAUAUGCAGCAGAAAAUAGACACCAUGACAAAAGAGGUGUUCGAACUCCAGGAGACGCUGCUUUGGAAAGAUAAGAGCAUUAGGGCCCUGGAGAAACUGAGAGAACACGCGGGCCGCCUCAGGAGCGAGCGGGCCGCGCUCCGGGAGGAGCUGGCCACCCUGAAGGCGGCGGCGGAGGCGGGAGAGAAACAUGGCCUAGUCAUCAUCCCCGACGGCACGCCCAACGGCGACGUCCACCAGGAGCCCGCGGUCGGGGCCAUCACCGUGGUGUCUCAGGAAGCCGCCCAGGUCUUGGAGUCGGCGGGGGAAGGGCCGCUCGACGUAAGGCUACGAAAACUUGCUGGGGAAAAGGAAGAGCUACUAUCACAGAUUAGGAAACUGAAGCUGCAGUUGGAGGAGGAGCGGCAGAGGGGCUCCAGGAGCGACGGGGGCACAGCCGGCGACCUGGCAGAGCUCCAGAACGGCUCAGACCUGCAGCUCAUCGAGAUGCAGAGAGAUGCCAACAGACAAAUUAGUGAAUACAAGUUCAAGCUUUCCAAAGCGGAACAGGAUAUAACCACCUUGGAGCAAAGCAUCAACCGCCUGGAGGGGCAGGUGCUGAGAUACAAAACCGCUGCUGAGAAUGCGGAGAAAGUCGAGGAUGAACUGAAAGCAGAAAAGAGGAAGCUACAGAGAGAGCUCCGAACAGCACUGGACAAGAUCGAGGAGAUGGAGAUGACCAACAGCCACCUGGCCAAGCGGCUGGAGAAGAUGAAGGCCAACAGAACGGCACUGCUGGCCCAGCAGUAG